UUUAUUUUUCAAAAGAUCUCACUCUUUUAAGAUAAAUUCUACUGCUGUGUCAUAGAAAUUUGACAUAUGAACAUAUGAUGUGACAGCAGUACAGUGCAGAGACGAAAUUAUUAUAAAUGACAAAACUAAGUAGUGCAAACGGAUGGAAAUAGCACGGCAGUGUUAUUGGACACGGUUUUCCACCACCUGGACAACACAAACACCUAUGUCAGGAUGCUGUUCAUUGUCUAUAGCUCAGCAUUUAAUACCGUCAUUCCCGCAAUCCUGAUUGAGAAGUUGCAGAACCUGGGCCUCUGCACCUCCCUCUGCAAUUGAAUCCUCAAAUUCCUAACCGGAAGACCAUAGUCUGUGUGGAUUGGCAAUAACAUCUCCUCCUCGCUGACGAUCAACACUGGUGCACCUCAGGGAUGUGGGCUUAGCCCACUGCUCUACUCUCUAUAUACACACGACUGUGUGGCUAAGCAUAGCUCAAAUACCAUCUAUAAAUUUGUUGAUGAUAGAACUAUUGUUGGUAGAAUCUCAGGUGGUGACGAGAGGGCGUACAGGAGUGAGAUAUGCCAACAAGUGGAAUGGUGUCGCAGCAACAACCUUGCACUCAACGUCAGUAAGACGAAAGAGCUGAUUGUGGACUUCAGGAAGGCUGUGAAAUGGAGAGACCAUGGACUAAAUGUAUGUAAAUAUACUGGCAAGAUGGGAACAGCCUCUUCACUGGUGGGUCCAAAUGAAGUAAUUGAAGAUACUGAUGGUGGUGGAGAAGCGUGUGAGAUCCCAGUGGAAGUCAAGCCCAAGGCCAAGCUGCUGCGUAGCUCAUUUAGACGGGGACCACGUGUAAUUGGCGCAAGCUUUAAGUCAACAGCUUCAGUUGACUUUGAAUAUGCUGCAGAAUAUGAGCGACUCAAGAAGGAGUAUGAUAUCUUUCGUGUCAGUAAAAAUAACGAAAUUACCUCCAUGCAAAAAAGGGAAAGCAAGCUUGACAAGGAAAACAAAAGGCUGAGGGCAGAGCUUCAGGCACUCCAGAAAACCUACCAGAAGAUGCUUCGAGAGAAGGAAAGCGCACUUGAGGCAAAAUAUCAGGCCAUGGGAAGAGCUGCGACUUUCGAACAUGAUAGGGAUAAAGUAAAAAGGCAGUUUAAGAUUUUUAGGGAAACCAAAGAGAAAGAGAUUCAAGACCUCUUACGAGCGAAACGUGAGUUGGAAACCAAAUUCCAGCGGCUACAGGCUCAGGGUAUUCAGGUGUUUGAUCCAGUAGACUCCGAUUCAGAUGACAACCAUACUGAUAUCACAGUUACAGGCACUCAAUGUGAGUACUGGAGUGGUGGUGCCCUGGGAAGUGAGCCUUCAAUGGGCAGCAUGAUACAGCUUCAGCAGACAUUCCGAGGACCCGAGUUUGCACAAAGUUCAAUUGACGUAGAGGGGCCUUUUGCUAAUGUUAAUCGAGAUGAUUGGGAUGCUGCUGUUGCAAGUUUGCUACAAGUCACACCAUUUCUUCCUCGCACCCUGUGGAGCAAUACAGUGCGUUGUUAUCUUAUGAAUACUACAGAGACACAGUUGGAAGUCGACAUUUUUCUCCAUGAAUACUUACCAAAGCUGCAAACUAUUUGUGAGAGUCUUGGGCACUUUUUUCUCAUAGUGCAUUUCCCAGUGAAGAACUCAGAUGAAUGUAUAAUUGAGAGGAGGUGGGAAAUUGAGAAAAGUUCCUUGUUUCUUUUCUUCCUGGCUGCUGCUUUGCCCAGGUGUAUCGAAGAGGACUGUGAAGAAUGUUUCCUGAGGAAUGGCGAGACCAGACCUUUGGUAAUUUAUCACAGACUGGUGGAGACUGGUGACAAUUCAGCGCAUGCACACCAAUUGAUCGGCAAAGUUUCUGAUGCAAACCAUUCCCAAAGAGCAAAGAUCAUUGAGCAUGAUGGAAAUGCCGAGGAGGGGGCAAAAAAAGCAUUUUCCCAAAUAGAAAAGAUCAUCAAACAGGAAUUGCUGGGUUGGGAAAGCGCAGAUCUUGAAAACAAAGAUUCUGGAAUUGAAGAUGACUCCCCUAAUUGGGAAAAGGAGGACUUUGGAGAUGCAAUAUGGGACAUGCAUGAAGAGCAGGAACAGUUGGAAGCUUUUCAGGCUGCAAUUGGAUCAACCUGUGAACUGGGAUUUGAGAAGCCUUCCACAUCAGCCACAGCAAACGACGAACCUCGACCUUCGACACUGAGGCAGGCAGACAUAGAAGAAGAUGAGCUGCCUGCCCUGAUGGACACAGAUGAUGAUGAGAUGACACCCCAGCGUCCCACCACCCCAACCUCCGAUGACUCAGCCCAACACACCAUCAUCAGUGUGCUCGCUGUCUUCCCGACUCCAUAUUAUGAGCGUCUGAAUGAUCUGGUAACAGCUCCUGCACCUAUACCUCCACUUCUUGUAUCCGGUGGUCCGGGCUCCGGAAAAUCCCUUCUGCUCUCUAAAUGGAUUGAGCAUCAACAAAAAUGUUCCCCAAGCACUUUAAUUUUGUAUCAUUUUGUGGGAAGACCUUUAUCCACCAGUUCUGAACCGGCAUUAAUAAUUAAAAGACUCACUGUGAAGUUGUUGCAGCAUUCCUGGUCCAUGUCUACCCUUACACUGGAUCCAAGUAAGUUACUGGAAGAGUUUCCUCGAUGGUUGGAAAAAUUAUCUGCUCGCCACCAAGGCAGUAUCAUCAUUAUCAUAGACUCCAUUGACCAGAUUGAGCAAGCUGAGCGGCAUAUGAAAUGGUUAAUUGAUCCAUUGCCUGUCAACGUGAGAGUGAUUGUUUCUGUAAAUGUGGAAACUUGUCCCCAAACCUGGAGGUUAUGGCCAACACUUCACCUUGACCCACUGAGUUCAAAGGAUAUCAAGGCUCUGAUUCAUACAGAAUGCCAUCAUGCUGAUGUGAAACUAACUAGAGAGCAGGAGAAGAAGCUGGAGAAACACUGUAGAUCUGCGACUAUGUGCAAUGCCUUAUAUGUUACACUUCUGGCCAAAAUGAUCACAUGUGUCAAAGGCCUCGGAGAUGUCGACACUAUUCUCCAACGCUGUUUUCAAUGUCAGGACACUGUGUCCUUAUACAGACUUGUACUACAGUCUGUACAAGAAUCUUUGCAUAGUGAUGGGGACAGACAGCUGAUGCAGGAGAUUCUCUGUUUAAUCCACGUGAGUCACAAUGGUGUGAGUGAAGGUGAACUUCUGGAGAUUUAUCCUGAACUUCACUGGCCAACAUUGUCCUCUCUUCUUCUUAGCUUGCAGAGAACGUGUGUGCUAACACAGCGCUGUGGCCUGCUGAAAUUUCAGCAUCUCCAGGCCUGGGAAGCAGUGAGGUUGCAGUAUAUGGAGAAAAAAGAACUGGAAUCUGUUACGGUGUACAGAGAAACCCUGGUGCAAUAUUUUUCACGUCAGAUGAGUCAGGGCAGAGUAACUUGGCGUGGUGUGGACGAACUUCCCUGGCUCUUCCAGCAGCAAGGGGAUAAGCAAAAGCUGCAUAGCUGCCUGCUGAACCUCUUUGUCUCUCAGAACCUGUACAAGAGAGGCCACUUUGCAGAGCUGCUUUCUUAUUGGCAACACGUGGGGAUGGAUAAAAACUCCAUGGCUGCUGCUUACUUCCAGUCGUUAAAGGAAUAUGAGAAAAGCUGUGAAGGAGAGGAUAUGAUUGUGCGAUUAGCAGAUCUCUAUGAGACUCUUGGGCGCUUUUUGAAGGACUUGGGACUUCUGAGUCAGGCUGUCGCACCAUUGCAACGUUCUUUGGAGAUCCGAGAGAGUGCUUUGGACCCAGAUCACCCCAGUGUCGCUCAGUCUUUGCAUCAGCUCGCCAGUGUGUACGUACAGUGGAAGAAAUUUGGAAAUGCGGAGCAACUGUACAAACAGGCAUUACAAAUCAGUGAGAAUGCCCAUGGGCCAGUGCAUCCUAGGGUGGCUCAGCAGCUUGAUGCUUUAGCCAUGCUGUAUCAAAAACAAAAUAAAUAUGAGCAGGUCGAACCGUUAAGAAAACGAUCCAUGAAGAUCAGACAAAAAAUUUCUAGACACAAAGGGAAUAUGCCGUGGAAUCUCCUGUCUGCUCCUUUAAUUUUUGAGUCUAUCACUACUGUCCUGCCUGACUACUACUUAACCACCUUCAGUGCCACUGACCAGGCUACUGCUGUUGUGCCAAGAAAGAUUGCCGUCUUAACAGUAUCCAAACAGCAUGGCUUUGCCAUUCUACGUCGUAGGGCUCUGCAGUUGGAAGAGCUUAGUCUUGGUGCCAAGUCCGCUGACACGGCUCGAACGCUCAAUGAGCUGGGAGUGCUCUACUACCUUCAGAACAAUUUGGAGACUGCUGAAGUUUUCUUUAAACGUUCCCUGGAAAUGAGGGAACGGACUCUUGGUUGUGACCAUCCUGACUGUGCACAGUCAUUGAAUAACCUGGCAGCUCUGUACAAUGAGAAGGAGGACCAUGAGAAAGCUGAGGAGCUGUAUGAAAAAGCUCUGGAGAUCCGCUGUCGAGUUUUGGCACCUGAUCAUCCCUCAGUGGCCUACACUGUCAAGCAUCUUGCAGCAUUGUACAAAAAGAGAGGAAAAUUGGAGAAAGCUGUUCCAUUAUGUCAGCUGGCUGUUGAAAUUCGCCAAAAAUCCUUUGGUCCAAAACACCCAAGUGUUGCAACUGCCCUGGUGAAUCUGGCUGUGCUGUAUUGUCAGCUGAAAAAUCACACGGAAGCAUUACCACUGUAUGACCGUGCUCUGAAGAUCUAUGAGGACAGCUUGGGUCGUUGUCAUCCUCGGGUGGGAGAGACGCUAAAGAAUUUAGCAUUGCUAAGCUAUGAAGAAGCCAAUUUUGAGAAGGCAGCAGAAUUGUACAAGAGAGCAAUGGAUAUCAAGGAAGCUGAGUCCUCGGUGGUUGGUGGAAAAGUUCUGUCACGGCAUUCAUCCAGUGGAGAUGCUUUCAGUUUAAAAAAUGCUUUGGCCUCUAAUCCCUAUCUGGAACUGGGGUUCAGGUGACCUACAUCAAAAAUGGAUUGCAAACUCUUGUGCUGUAGGCUCAUUAUUUUUAAGCUUUUGUGAGUACGGUCCAACUUGAAAUGGAUUUAUUUGAUAGUUUCAACUGAAGAUUUCCAGGAAUCUGGAACAAUUAGUUGUGUAAAGGAACAUUUUGUGAAAAAGAACUGUGAUUAAAUUACCAAUGGUUCUGGCAUGUGGGAGGGAAAGAAUGAUCCUUUGUCACUAACUUGGAUCAACUAGUGUUUGGAAUGAGCUGAUUAUACUCAUAAAUGAAAAAUUCAUUACUGAACCAAAACUACUUCUGAAGGGAAAUGUUUUUAUAUGUGCUUAUUUAUAGCAUUGAAUGUAAGUUUGUCCCUAGUACCGGCACCUACAACUGCCACCAUUCUGAGGAGAAUGGUUGGGAAAUGUCAUCUCCCUUUUCCAACGACUAACUUUGUGACCUCAAUGGGGUAGAAUUGUGAAAUUGUAUUUUUUUUUAAUGCUGUGACUGUUUUGGGAGGAAGUACUUGCAUUUUGGGAGGUGAUAGAGAGGAGCUGUAGGCAAGUAGUCACGGGGCCUCGGGAGACAGAUAAGUGGGUCACAGUCAGGAGAGGGAAGGGCAGGAGUCAGAUACUAGAGAGUACCCCUGUGGCUGUCCCCCUUAACAAUCAGUACUCCUGCUUGAGUACUGUUGGGGAGGGGGGAAUGGCCUACCUCGGAAAGGCAACAGUGGCUGCACUUCUGGCACAGAGUCUGGCCCUGUGGCACAGAAGGGUAGGGAAAGGAAGAAGGCAACAGUAGUAGGGGACUCUAUAGUUAGGGGGUCAGACAGGCGAUUCUGUAGACGCAGGAAAGAAACACCGAUGGUAGUUUCCCUCCCAGGUGCCAGGGUCUGGGAUAUUUCUGAUCGCGUCCACCAUACCCUGAAGUGGGAAGGUGAGCAGCCAGAGGCUGUGGUACAUACUGGUAUCAAUGGCAUAGGUAUGAAAAUGGAGAAAGUCCUGAAAACAGACUACAAGGAAGUUAGGAAGGAAAUUGAAAAGCGGGAACUCAAAGGUAGUCAUCUCGGGAUUACUGCCUGUGCUAUGUGACAGUGAGUAUAGGAAUAGAGUGAGGUGGAGGAUAAACGCGUGACUGAGGGUUUGGAGCGGGGGCAGGGAUUCAGAUUUCUGGAUCAUUCAGACCUCUUUUGGGGCAGGUGUGACCUGUACAAAAAAAAAGAACGGGUUGUACUUGAAUCUGAGGGGGACCAAUAUCCUGGCACGGAGGUUUGCUAAGGCUAUUGGGGAGAGUUUAAACUAGAAUUGCUGGAGGGUGGGAACCGAACUGAAGAGACAGAGGAAGGGGCGGUUGGUUCACAAAUAGAGAAAGCUUGGAGACAGUGCGAAAGGGAGGAUAGGCAGGUGAUAGAGAACAGAUACACUCAGACCAAUGGUUUGAGAUGUGUCUAUUUUAAUGCGAGGAGUAUUAUGAGUAAAGUGGAUGAGCUUUAGAGCGUGGAUCAGCACCAGGCUUUAGAUGUUUCAGAAAGGACAGGGAGGGAGGCAAAAGAGGUGGGGGCGUGGCACUGUUGAUCAGAGAUAGUGUCACGGCUGCAGAAAAGGAGGAAGUCAUGGAGGGAUUGUCUACUGAGUCUCUGUGGGUGGAAGCUAGAAACAGGAAGGGGUCAAUAACUCUACUUUUUUAUAGACCACCCAAUAGUAACAGGGACACCUAGAAGCAGAUAGGGAGACAGGUUCUGGAAAGGUGUAAUAGUAUCAGGGUUGUCGUGGUGGGAGAUUUUAAUUUCCCAAAUAUUGAUAAGCAUCUCCCUAGAGUGAGGGGUUUAGAUGGGGCGGAGUUUGUAGAACCCCAAGGCAUUUUACAAGUAUGUGAAGAGCAAGAGGAUAAGACACGAGAGAAUAGGAACAAUCAAGUGUGACAGUGGAAAAGUGUGUACUUAAUAAAUACUUUGCUUCAGUAUUCACUAUGGAAAAGGAUCUUGGUGAUUGUAGGGAUGACUUACAGCGCACUGAAAACUUGAGCAUAUAGACAUUAAGAAAGAGGAUGUGCUGGAGCUUUUGGAAAACAUCAAGUUAGAUAGGUCUCCAGGACAGGACGAAAUAUACCCCAGGCUACUGUGGGAGGCGAGGGAGAAGAUUGCUGAGCCUCUGGCGAUGAUCUUUGCAUCAUCAAUGAGGAUGGAACAGGUUCCAGAGGAUUGGAGAGUUGCAGAUGUUGUUCCCUUAUUCAAGAAAGGGAGUAGAGAUAGCCCAGGAAAUUAUAGACCAGUGAGUCUUACUUCAGUGGUUGGUAAGUUCAUGGAAAGGUUCUUGAGAGGCAGCAUUUGCGGAGGCAUAUGAUGAGGAAUAGUCAGCAUGGUUUUGUCAAAGGCAGGUCGUGCCUUACGAGCCCGAUUGAAUUUUUUGAGGAUGUGGCUAAACACAAUGAUGAAGGUAGAGCAGUAGAUGUAGUGUAUAUGGAUUUCAGCAAGGCAUUUGAUAAGAUACCCCAUGAAAAGCUUCUUGAGAAAGUAAGGAGGCAUGGAAUCCAAGGGGACCUUGCUUUGUGGAUCCAGAAUUGGCUUGCCCACAGAAGGCAAAGAGGGGUUGUAGACGGGUGAUAUUCUUCAUGGAGGUCGGUGACCAGUGGUGUGCCUCAGGGAUCUGUUCUGGGACCCCUUCUCUGUAAUUUUUAUAAAUGAUCUGGAUGAGGAAGAGGAGGGAUGGGUUAGUAAAUUUGCUGAUGACACAAAGGUUGGGAGUAUUGUGGAUAGUGUGGAGGGCUGUCAGAGGUUACAGCGGGACAUCAAUAGGAUGCAAAACUGGGCUGAGAAGUGGCAGAUGGAGUUCAACCCAGAUAAAUGUGAGGUGGUUCAUUUUGGUGGGUCAAAUAUGAUGGCAGAAUAUAGUGUUAAUGGUAAGACUCUUGGCAGUGUGGAGGAUCAGAGGGAUCUCGGGGUCCGGGUCCAUAGGACGCUCAAAGCUGCUGCACAGAUUGACUGUGUAGUUAAGGCAGCGUACGGUACCUUAGCCUUCAUCAACUAUGGGAUUGAGUUUAGGAGCCGAGAAGUAAUGUUACAGCUAUAUAGGACCCUGGUCAGACCCCACUUGGAGUGCUGUGCUCAGUUCUGGUCACCUCACUACAGGAAGGAUGUGGAAACCAUAGAAAGGGUGCAGAGAAGAUUUACCAGGAUGUUGCCUGGAUUGGGAGCAUGCCUUAUGAGAAUAGGCUGAGUGAACUCGGCCUUUUCCCCUUGGAGCGGUGGAGGAUGAGAGGUGACCUGAUAGAGGUGUAUAAGAUGAUGAGAGGCAUUGAUUGUGUGAAUAGUCAGAGGCUUUUUCCCAGGACUGAGAUGGUCAACACGAGAGGGCACAGUUUUGAGGUGCUUGAAAGAGGGUACAGAGGAGAUGUCAGGGAUAAGUUUUUUUCCCUGAGAGUGGUGAGUGUGUGGGAUGGGCUGCUGGCGGUGGUGGUGGAGGCGGAGGCGAGUAUGAAUAGGGUCUUUUAAAAGACUCCUGGAUAGGUACAUGGAGCAUAGCAAAACAGAGGGCUGCAGGUAACACUAGGUAGUUUCUAAAGUAAGUACAUGUUCAGCACAGCAUUGUGGGCCGAAGGGCCAGUAGUGUGCUGUAGGUCUUCUGUUUCUAUUGUUGGAAAUAUAGUUUCAUAUAUUAACUGGAAUGGGACGUAUUGUUAGUUUGAGUAGUAUAAUCAGUACUUUGAAAUAUUCCCUCCAAGCUGAUCGCCAAACUUCGCCAGCUUGGUAUCAGCUCAUCCCUCUGCAAUUGGACCUUGGACUUUCCGACUAACACAUCCCAAUCAGUUAAGUUAGACAAACCCUCCUCCUCCACUCUCACCCUGAACACCGGUGUGCCUCAAGGCUGUGUGCUGAGCCCUCUUCUGUACUCCCUUUUCACCUAUGACUGCGUUCCUGUACAUGGUUUUAACUACAUAAUCAAGUUCGGAGAUGACACCAUGGUGGUUGGUCUGAUCAGAGGGAGUGACGAGACAGCCUACAGGGAUGAGGUCCAGCACCUGGCCACAUGGUGUGCCGACAACAACCUGGCCUUUAACAUCCAGAAGACCAAGGGGAUUAUUGUGGACUCCAGGAAUGCCAGGAGCCACAAUCACGUCCCCACCUACAUCAACGGAGCUGUAGUGGAGUGUUUACCAAGCUUCAAAUUCCUUGGUGUCCACAUUUCCCAGGAUCUCACCUGGUCCCUGAACUCCUCCAUCCCGAUCAAAGACACAUAACAGCACCUUUAUUUCCUGCGGAGCAUCAAGAAAGCUCACCUCUGUCCCAGGAUACUGACGGACUUUUACUGCUGUACCAUUGAGAGCAUACUCACCAACUGUAUCUCAGUGUGGUAUGGCAAUUGUCCUCUAUCGGACCGCAAAGCACUCCAGCAUGUGGUGAAAACUGCCUAGUGGAUUAUCAGCACCCAAUUGCCCACCAUUGAGAACGUCUAUCAUAAACGUUGCCUGGGCAGGGCGAAAAGCAUUAUCAGGGAUGCAUCUCACCCUAACCAUGGACUUUUUACUCUCCUCCCAUCCGGUAGGCGCUACAGGAGCCUCCGCUCCCGCACCAGCAGGCACAGGAAGAGCUUUUGCCCUGAGGCUGUGACCCUGCUGAACCUCACAUCACAGCGCUAAGCAGUAUUGCACCCAUAUUGUACUGUCUCAGUACUUUUAUACUUGUGUGCUGUAGCAGUUACUUUUUAUUCACAGUUAUUUUCUAAAUAACACUAUUCUUUGCAUUUCUGGUCAGAUGCUAACUGCAUUUCAUUGGCUUUGUAUCUGUACUCGGCACAAUGACAAUAAAAUUGAAUCUAAUCUAA